AAUGGGUCUGGUUCUAGUUCCGGUCGUUUAGUGUCGGAGAGUGCGAGGUGGAAACUACCUUCGGUGCUUUGUGUUCUGCGUCCGUAUCACUGUGCCUGUGUAUGCAUCAUCCACACAAACACAGAAAUGCUUAAUGCCCUCCGAUUUCAAGGUUCAAACGCAGGCGUUGUUCUGCACACGAAAAACGCCUUCCCCACCAACAUCGACUCACGACGUUCUCUCGCGUUCACAAGACGCCAAGCCUUUCCCCAACCCUUGUGCUCUUUCACCCUACAAUCACCUCAAUCGUCUCACUUCACUUCCACCGUUGGAUCUUCACUGAUUCAGCAUUCGAACCUCACUCACCGCCAUCUCACUCUUCUCAACGCCCUUGCUUGCGUGACAGCGAUAUGUGCCACGUGGCUCUUUUGCUCUGCGAUUCCUGCGCUUCUGGCUUUCAAGAAAGCGGCAGAAUCACUGGAGAAGCUCAUGGAUGCCACCAGAGAGGAGCUUCCCAAUACCAUGGCCGCAAUUCGAUUAUCCGGCAUGGAAAUCAGCGAUUUAACCACCGAACUCAGUGAUCUAGGACAAGACAUUACUCAAGGUGUUAGAAGCUCCACACGUGCAGUUCGGUUGGCGGAGCAGAGGCUUCGACGUUUAACGACUGUGCCUUCUUCUGCUUCAGCUUCGUUGCAGGUAAUGACGAGUCCGAAAACUGAGGAUGACCCAGCGGUAGCCCGAACCGCCAGGGGCGUGAGGGAGGGCAUUGUGAAGGGUCGUGCUAUCUUGCAAAUGUUUUUCACCCUCACCCGCUUUUCAAGGUUUGCUCUCAACUUUUUCACUGGACGUAGACAAAGCUAGCAUCUCUUCUUGGGUCGUACAGAAUGAACCACUAUUCCUCAGCCCCACGUCUCUACUUGUCUGUUGAUCUUUCUAUUUGGUCAUGGAUGGUUUAGUUUGGUUGUGCACUCUUGCCAUUUUCUCUAUUGCAGAUUGCAAAAGAGACAUUUCCCUUUGGACAUGAAGCAACAGGGUCUAAUGUCUGUAACAAUGUUUUUCGCAAUUUCUAAUGUUGACUUCGUUAUUCACCUUAGUGAUACGAGUAAAAUAAAAAUAUAUUUAAGAGUCAUAGAUCUGUACAGGAAGUGAGAACCUAAAAUAAAUGGACUACAGAUUGAAUUCAC